ACAGCUCAGGGAUCUGUCAUUAAAGGAGGCAGAAAAUCCAUCUUCUGUACUCCUGUGUAACCAGAUAGAGAUGAUACUGGAGAAAGCAGGGGAGAUGAGAACUUGAAGUUUGCCUAGUGAAGAAGGACAGAUCGAGAUAUUAAGUCAGAUACAGAAAUCUGAUCUCUGCAGGUUCAGUGGCUAGAGAUGGCUGAAGAGGAUAUCAGGGCUUCAGGCACUCCGUUCUCGCUCUCUUUUUCGGGCAGUGGCUUUCUCGUCCUGUAUCAGGUAGGAGUGGUGCAGUCCCUCCUGGAGUUGGCUCCAGAGCUGCUCAGGUCAGCAUGCAAGGUCUACGGGUCAUCUGCUGGAUCUCUCAUUGCGGCGGCCGUGGUGUGUGGCACCAACCUCGAUGACCUAAAAGAAUUUUUCUUUGCAAGUGCAAAGGAAGUCAGGAAAACCAUCCUGGGCCCUCUUUCUCCCAGGUGUAGUCUGCUGGCGAAUAUCAAGGCUGUUUUACAGAGGAUGCUACCAGAGAAUUCCCACCAAGUGGCUUCAGGGAGGUUGCACAUCUCCCUCACGCGGGUGGUAGAUGGCCAGAACGUCAUGGUCUCCGAGUUCAGCUCCAAGGAGGAACUCAUUCAGGCUCUCCUCUGCAGCUGCUUUCUUCCUAUCUACUGUGGAUUCAUCCCUCCGUCCUACCGAGGUGUGCGAUACAUUGAUGGAGGAUUCACCGGCUUGCAGCCUGUUUCCAGCUUGGAGGAAGCUGUGAUCACUGUGUCCCCAUUCACAGGGGAGCUUGAUAUCUGUCCACGGGACUGUCCUGCUAUCUUCUUCUGUUUCCAGAUCUUUAAUGGCAGCAUUCAGAUCUCAAUAGAAAAUCUGUGCAGGAUCAGCUACGCUCUCUUUCCACCUAAAUCCACGGUCUUGGAUGACCUUUUUUUCCAAGGGUAUCAGGACACUGCCCUUUUCCUGUACAGGAAUGAUGCCUUUGGCAUAAACUAUUUCGACGGCAAUUUCCGAUUUGCCAGCAUGUGUGGGAAGACUGACCUGCCACAAUCCAAUGGGACAUUGAACAGCCUAGGCAAAAGGGUACCACGGUACCUGGCACCACGCUUCCUUCCAGGCCUGGCUUGGUGGAGGAAGCAGCAGUUUGGACUGCAGGAUCCGCUGUCGAAAGUCCUGCUACAACCAUAUAAACUCCCUGUCAAGAUGUCAGCUUUUGUCAGGAAGGGGCUACAGAAGCUGUGGGGAUUGCUGGAAGAGACCAACUCCAUGAUAAAACGGUUCCAGAAGCUCCUCCAAAACAUGGUGCCUGGUUUGCCUAAGAGAGCUGCGGCCAGGAGGUAACCGUCACAGUGGGCCUUCGGGGUCUCUGACGCCACACAGUUCUACCAUCCCAGGAAGCAGUGGAUGACACUGGAGCUCAUUUCAUACAGCAGCAUAGCUCCUGCUUUUAGGGAGUUCUUUGUGGGUUGCUUUUUCACUCAGGGAAACAGGCUGAGUUUGUUUCAAAUGCUGUUGCUGCAGUCUCCCUGUCCAGGCCUGACCUGCUUUAACAUGAUGGCUGAGGAAAAGCACUGUAGUGCUGCAUCUGCAGCCGACUGCAAUCUGCACAAGGGGAUCGGGCAUCUUUACUUGCAUGCACGCACAGCCCAGCCACUGGUUUCCUUAGCCACUCUACUUGAUCACCAGUGUCCCCCACCCUGUUUUAAGGCAGAUUACGUAGCAUGUAUUUGCCAGGAACUGUCAUAUUUUAAGUGUUUUCCUCCCACUCAAAAACCUUUCAGAGACAUUCACUAAACAGAAAACAGAGAAAGGUCUAAGGGAGCAUCACACUGGGCAGGAACUCACUCUCAUUCACUUUCCUGAAAGUAUUUUACCAAUAGCCUUUUCAUGAGCUUUGUACACCCUUGGAGGCCUGCAUCUCCUGCCUGGUUGAGGCAGGUGCACUCUUGAACCCUUCUGAAUUUGCAGCUGUGGAGAAGGAAGGAUGUAGAAACUUAAAAAUUAACAUUCCCUCCCCACACUUCAAAGUUUCAGUCUUGCAGAAACCCUGUGCAUCUCCCAUUAUGCUGGGAAAGCUGUCAUUUCAUGACUAUAUUAGCUCUCCCCAUCUGAUUUUCCGUAACUCAUUGCUAUCAUCAUUGUAUUAUCCAGGCAAACAUACCUUGUGUUGCUGGUCUGUACAUAAAAUGAAUUAGAACCACUCUCAUCAUCCCAAAUACACAGCACAUCAGAUGCUGAUGGAUGGGCAGUACUGCCAGCCAACUCUGCCCAGCUUCCCAGUGGGCAGCCAGUGGGUCACAACAGUACAGUAUUUACUUGAAUAAGCAACUUGUUUAUCUAAUUGCACGCAGGGAAAUGGCAGAGGGAAGUUUCAUCCAAAGAGUCCUGGGGAUCACAGGCAUGAGUGUCAAAUAAUUGAAGGCUGCAUUGAUGCAGAUUCAGACCUAACUAUGAAUGCUCAGUAUAAGAUAGAUAUAAUUAUGUUCUGCUGCCUCUGGUUGAAGUCAACCUGGCAAUACUGUCUCUGCAAUGUACACCUCUGAGCAUGCUAAAAGAAACCUGGAUGCUUAUUUGUGUUGGCACCAUCAAAACCUCUCCCUUUCUCCCUUGUGACAUCCUGAAUGGAUUUACAUCUCAACCCCUGCAGCCAAAGCUGAGGCUGCUCAAAACCACCUUGUGAGCUGUGAUUAUCUACAUGCCACAGGUAGAAGUGGAGAGGGCAGAUACCUGCUGCUCUGCAGGGAGGCCCUGGGCCUUCAUUUGCUUUUGGUGAUACUGCAUUUCUGGUUUUCCUUCCAGGCAGGCAGCCCCAUUGGUGCAAUAGCAUUUCCACUGGGCUUCUGGUCUCUCUAGCAAACACCACUACCUCUCAAGCAGGAUAUACCCAUUUCAGGCAGCCUCAGGUAGCCAUACACAGAAUCCCUACUCAGAUGGGAAUUUUCAGCAUCACCAAAAGAAAAUUGUCUUAUAGGAAUUGGACCUCCAAAUCCCCUAAUUUUGGUGGCAAAUCUCAGCCACAAACAGGAGUUUAGCUUGACCUACCCACGUAUGUCUCAUCUCCCCCAGGUACACGGCAGGGUGCUUGGUCAUGAACAGUUAACAAAACUUCAGUCUGAGAACUUUUAACAAAAACAGCCCACAAGGAACGUCUAAAACAGCACACCCCUACAGGCUUGGAGCAGGAGGGCUCCAUACCUUGUCCUUUUUCUGACAUAAGUAUGUACUCUUAUCUAAAUCAGCUGCUUUGUGCUCUAUUAGCUCUCCACCUUUUCAAGCAAGCACACCUGACGUUGCUGUCGCCUCUUCUGUGAGCUUUGGAGCUAGUGGCACAAAGGAGGCUGUGUCAGAGGCAACGGAUAGAGGCAAAGCUUGGCAUCUCUUUUAAAUCAUCUUGUGCAGGAGUUUUUGUCUCACCCUGGAGAGGCAAGCUGGGAAACCCAGCUGCAUCCAGUUCAAACCAGCUGCAAAAGACCCCAUCUUCCCUCUGAAAUGCCUCAAUUAAAGGCAGGUAACAGGAAUCAUCUGGGGCCCACAGGGAUUUGAAGGGGACUGUAGGCCUGCCUGUACAGUGAUGUUGCUGCCACUGUGUGCUCUUCAGUGUGUCUUUGUGUCAAUCUGUGGGCUGGGUCUUGAGUUGCUUUUUCUCCAAACCAUGAACCAGGGCCAAAGGCAGCAGCUUGGUCAAAAACACUCUUUUGUGGCCAUAGUCAGCAAGUCCCUAAAGGGAGUAAAAACAUGCUGGUCAGUCUGACAACUGUGGGACAAACCAGAUUCAAAUACCUGAUCAGGGCUGCAUCCCUCUGCCCUGUUGUCUAAAGGGCAAUGGGAUAAGCAGGUUUUAAAAUCCUUAAAACAUUGUCCCUAUUCUCCUUUCCUGCUCCAGUGCUGCUUGGCCUAAUCUGCACCAAACCCAGCAGAGAUAUGAAGCCCAGGGUGGAUGGGAGGCGGCUUUGGACAUAACCUGAGUCAGAAGGAGCCUUCUCUAAAGCUA